AUGGCCACCGUAGAGCCCUCGACUUCCCAGCUCUGGGGGCACGCGCAGAAGAUCCGCAAGAGUAUACAGAGGCGACUCGAGAAGAUUAACACGGAGAAUGCCUCCGAGGCAGAAGACUCCAAGUUCGAGGCAAUCGACGGCAUCUUAGAGAAACUCCGACUUGCCUGCGCCACGACGAUAUUCCUCGAUUUCAAGUUUGCAAACACCGAGGGCGUCGAGGAGGUCCUCUGGGACACCCACAUCGCCAUCAAUGCCGAGUAUCGAAGGGUCCUCAAGCGCCCCAAGAAUCCUGCGCAGGCUGUCGAGCGCCGCAAAGUCGAGAAGAUGUACCACAACUUUCUGCGUAUCGCCCAGAAGUUCUACAUUGGAUACAUCCAGCGCCUUGCCGCCCGCUUCGACAUUCCGGAACUGCGACGCGCCGCGCAAGGAGUCAAUGCCGCCCCGAUGGACUCCGGCGACCGCAUCAGCCAGCUUACCGAUGAUAUGAGCCAUCUUGUGCUCCAGUCCUGUCAUUCAACAUUGUUGCACUUGGGCGACCUGGCACGCUACCGUAUACAGGCGAAACGGGGGAGCUCCGGCUACGACAUGGCGUUGACGUACUACAAUCUGGCCCGGCAUAUCAUGCCUCGAUCGGGCUUUGCCCUCCACCAGAUUGGCAUUGUGAACCUCGACUGCGGGAAUCACCUCGACGUGGUGUACAACUUCUAUCGCUCCCGUGUCUCAGAGGUUCCUCACCCCAAUGCAAAGGCGAACUUGGAGAACGAGUUCAAGACCCUCCGUAAGCCAAAACACGACAAGGGCCGACGGAGCCCCUCAACCCCCCAGGAUGUCUUCAGCUCCUGGUUUGUCAAGCUUCACGCCUUCUUCUACCAAGGCGAGCGCUUUCCACAGCAUGAAGAGCUUGAGCAUGAAGUCAUGCACCGGCUAGAUAUGGCGUGCCGAGAUGCGGCCAACUCAGGCACCCUCCUGAAGAUGGCGCUGGUCAACAUCUGCGCGCAUGAUGUUGCGUGCGCAAAUUAUGCCGAAAACAAGACAGAAGCGGCCUUGCGAUUCAGCCAGUUCUCGCUGAGAUUCAACGCACAGUUCUUGUCGAGAGUUUGCCGUGCCCUCGAAACGACACUGCGAGAGGCGAUCUCCGACAGAGAUCACAGUGCUUCCGACUGCGGCCACGUGGAGAUCGUAUCCGUCGUCGAAACCCUGCUACCGAUUCUGCGAAUCUACUGCGUCUGGAUCGCGUCUCAGCGUCGCGAGCUCUUUGGCCCUGGCGUCGCCACUGGACCAGCCAUUCAGGCCAUGAUGCAGAUUUUAGCUCAGGUGUUCACACAGCUCUGCGUUGUAUCGUACACGCGGAAAGACCUGGCGUCGGCUCCGUACUUGCUGCCCGAGGAUCUUGAAAUCCGUGGCGUGCCUUCCUUGACAGGAGAUUCUGUUCCCGCGGACUGCCGUGUCUACAGCGUCGAUGGCGUCACACACAAGUCGUAUAUCCAAGAUCCAGAGCAGCGUCUAGACGGCCUCCAUGAGAAUUUGGCACGCAUAUUAGAUGUCCUUCGUUGCGCUUAUUUUAUGGCCGAAGACACGGCCACACCCCUUUCCUGCAACGUCGUUCAGGAUUCACUGGUCUUCGAAUACCAGUCGAGCGCCACGACAGCACCAGCGGACCGUAACAUAGGUCAACCUUCGCCCGGCUCCGGAGCUCAGGCGAGCGGCGCGUCUGCUCAGCAGCUGCCAGCUCCUCCAACGUGGACAGACCAGAUGAUUGAGCGAAACACACCAUCGCCGCCAGUUGGCUCCGCGAUCGAGGCCCAGACCGAGAGGACAGUGAUGGCGAUGCUCAGCCCGUUUCUCGGACCGCCCACGCCCCAGAAGGACGACCGUGGGCAGAACCGCUCCUCGUCGUCUUCGUACGGCAUGCAUACUGAUACCGCCAACGACGUCUUCGGCUCCGCUCCGACGCCUUCGAGGCCAAACUCCUUCGACGGCCCGGGCGCCCUCGCGCCCUACCCGUGGGCUUGGGACGACAUGCCGAAGCCAGUUCCUGCUGUCGCCGAGGCAUACAAGCGUGCAAGCGGUGAAAUCCAGUCAGUGGGAACAAUGCCACCCAGGUCUCCUGCGGACAACGCGUUCGCGAAUCGCAGCCCUGGGGGCUAUGCAGCACCAACUGCACCGCCCUCACUAUUCGCUUCCGAGGUCCCGCGACAAGCCAACGUGGGCGGCUCUUUCGCCUCGCCAGCUGAUGCUGCCCACAGAGAGCGCCUGCUGCAAUCUCUCUCAGGCCAUGCCCCCGCGCAAGCUGCCGGCCACGCUGUGCGGUCUCCCCAACCGCCUCCAAGAUGGACAGAACUCCCUUCCGCGAACGCGCCUCCCUCAUCCUCCAUGGCGAGCUACUUUUCGCACCCGAGCAGCCUAUACCAGGGCACGCCCGCCAACGGGAACGUCCGGGACCAGUUCCAGGGCCCGUCGCCCUACAGGGCAGGCGGCGCUUCGCGCGGGGCUCGUGGCCAGACGGGUGAACCGACUUCGCGCUUCGACGAAGGUGGCCGCCGCGCGCCUUGGGGGAAGUGA